UCAAGCGUUUAGACAAAGCUAUUUUUGCAUUGAUGUCAUUUGCGAAGCACAAGCUGUUUGACAGGCUUAUUGUGCUAAAUAAAGGUAAACUGACGAGUAAACUUAAGGACAUUCGCCUUCGGCAUAAAUCAAGGAAUAAUAUUAAGGAGGAGUUCAUUACUAUGGAGUUUUCUGGUUGGAAAGUGUGUUCUUCUUCAAGAGGGUCAACAGAUUAUUUUGUAUAUGAUAAUGACUUUCAGUGCAACUGCAGAUUGAUGUGCAUUAAAUGUAGGGCUUGCAUUCAUAGGUAUUAUUGUACAUGUAUAGACUAUACCAUCAAAUGGAAUAUGUGCAAGCACAUACAUAGUGUUUGCCAGAUUCAGUUAAAGCAGCAACCUUCUGAACACCUAGGAAAUAGUGAAGUUACACUUAUUGAGAGUGAAGAUAUUUCUGUUGUAGAUGAGAGAACAGAAAUACUAGCGGAGGUAACGAAAAAAAGUGUUAAUGAUUCUGUACCUUUGUCAGUCCAAAGAAGGGAACUUAUCGCAGAAUUUUCUGGUAUUGUAUCUGAACUGACCUCAAAUGACUUGGAAACUGCCAAAAAAAUGUUAUCACUAAAUGCAACUGUAGCUGUCAGAAUGUUGCAGCAAAAACAGGCACCGCUGCAAAUAGAAAGGAAACAAGCACAAAAGAUUUUACCUCAACGUAGACUGUACUCUACAAAGAAAAACAAAAGGAGUAAUAAUGCAUCCCUGGUGCUACCAAAUUCAGAAGAAUCCAGUUUGAUCAAAUUAUCUCUACUGGCAGACAAAGAAGAUGCACUUGUGGAAAAAGGUUCAGCUGUUCAAAAGCAACCAACAAUAAAAAAUACAGAGGGUUAGCAGGUUCAUCCCCGAUUACAGCAUGUGCCCUACAGCACAGCCCGACGAAUCGCUCAACACCCAUGAUUCAGCCAAUAGCAAAACAGGCUGAGGUGGUAUCUGGUCCGUCUCUCGGUACAUCGUAUGUGCUGAAACACAGCCCGAGGAAUAGCGAGUACUGUGAAUCAAGAUAUUAGUGCACCUCUGUGUUAUGCCAUUGUUUAUUUUUGUCACAGCUCCUUAUAAAUUACUUACUGUAACUUAGUUUGCAUUUCUGCCUGCAGGCUCAACUUCCACAAUUCAACCAAUACCAAAACAGGCUGUGAUGGUACCACAUCCAUCCAUCGGUACAGUGCGUGUGUUGCUACACAGCUCAACAAAUUGUGAUUUUCUAUGAAUUCAGGUGCUGUUCUCCCACAUUUAAACCAGUGACAGGGCAGGAUAAGAUGGUAUCAGUGCCUUCCCUUACUACAGCGCAUGUGCUGCAACACGGCUAUGGAAUGCAACCUGUGAUGCCAGGAAACUCACAGAUAAACUAAAUCAUGUGCCAGAUGUCGAGCACCAUUGUGUUUGGAAGUUCCAUUGUUCUGUGUGCAAACAGUUUUGGAAGUUUGGAUGAAUCAAGUUUCUGAAACUGACUGGAAAGAAACUUAAUUAUCAAAAACCAAGAUUUUAUUGCAAUUCAUGAUACUGUGAAAUAUUUUUAUAAUUGCUGUAGAUUCAGCUAAAAGUUACAGUAAAAUUUUCUUGUAAGUUAUGCCUGCAGAAACUUUUGUACUGAAUUUAAUCUUUUCUUUUUGGUUUAUAAUUUUGAUGUAAAAUCUAUUUUCUGUUUAAAUAUGAAGUUUCG